AUGGCUGCUUCUGUCGACAACCGUCCAUUCACCGCCCUCCAACACGGAGUCGUUCGCACUUUCAAGCCCGCUCAGGACGUCCUGCGUCCCAAGAAGUUACCCCUACCACCACCACUCUCCGAUACCUCAAGCGACGAGGACGAAGAAGACACUGUAUUGAAGGAGCUGGUUCGUAAGUCCAGCGCGGAAGUUGAAUCCUCUAUUUUCGACCCGCGCGACGACGGAACCUCCGACCACUGGAUCCAACGGAAUGCUUCCCUGGUCCGUUUGACGGGGAAGCACCCCUUCAACUCGGAGCCACCCCUCCCUCGCCUCAUGCACCACGGCUUUAUCACCCCCGUUCCCCUCCACUAUGUCCGCAACCACGGGCCCGUGCCCCGGGCCCGCUGGGAGGACUGGACUGUGGAGGUCACGGGUCUCGUUGCCCAGCCCACGCGCUUCACAAUGGAGGAACUGGUCCACGACUUCCCCAGCCGCGAGUUCCCCGCUACGCUAGUCUGCGCUGGGAACCGGCGCAAGGAACAGAACAUGAUGAAACAGAGCAUUGGCUUCAACUGGGGUUCCGCCGCCAUCUCCACUUCGGUGUGGCGCGGUGUACCUUUGCGGAGCCUGCUGAAGCGGUGCGGAAUCUACGGUCGCACCAAGGGGGCGCUUCACGUGUGCUUCGAAGGCGCGGAGGAUCUGCCAGGUGGCGGUGGGUCUAAGUACGGGACCAGUAUCAUGAGGGAGGUUGCACUCAAUCCCUCCCGCGACAUCAUCCUCGCUUACAUGCAAAACGGGGAGCGUUUGUCCCCGGAUCAUGGAUUCCCCGUUAGAAUGAUAAUACCCGGUUUCAUUGGCGGGCGCAUGGUCAAAUGGUUGAAGCGCAUUAUUGUCACUACCCAGCAAUCUGAAAGCUAUUACCAUUACAAGGAUAACAGGGUACUUCCAUCUCACGUUGACGCUGAACUUGCCAAUGCAGAAGCUUGGUGGUACAAGCCUGAGUAUAUUAUCAACGAACUUAAUAUAAACUCCGUCAUAACAACGCCGUGCCACGAAGAGAUCUUGCCCAUCAACUCCUGGACUACUCAGAUGCCUUAUUUCAUCAGAGGCUACGCCUAUUCCGGAGGUGGGAGAAAGGUGACACGUGUUGAGGUAACCCUGGACGGUGGUGAAACGUGGCAAGUGUGCAGUCUGGACUGCCCCGAAAAACCCAAUAAGUAUGGAAAGUACUGGUGUUGGUGUUUCUGGUCCUUGGAGGUGGAGGUGUUGGAUCUCCUCGGAGCCAAGGAGAUUGCUGUCAGAGCUUGGGACGAGGCCCUCAAUACCCAACCUGAGAAACUCAUCUGGAAUGUUAUGGGAAUGAUGAACAACUGCUGGUUCAGAGUGAAGACGAAUGUGUGCAAGCCCCACAAGGGUGAGAUUGGUAUGGUGUUUGAGCACCCCACCCAACCAGGGAACCAAUCUGGCGGAUGGAUGGCCAGAGAGAAACACCUGGAGAAAUCAUCAGAGUCCAACCAAACCCUCAAGAAGAGUGUCUCCUCCCCAUUCAUGAACACCACCUCCAAAACCUUCUCCAUCUCCGAAGUCAGAAGACACAACAACCCCGAUUCAGCUUGGAUCAUAGUCCACGGCCAUGUCUACGACUGCACACGCUUCCUCAAAGACCAUCCUGGUGGCACAGACAGCAUCCUCAUAAACGCCGGCACCGACUGCACCGAGGAGUUCGAAGCCAUCCACUCCGACAAAGCCAAGAAAAUGCUUGAAGACUACCGAAUCGGUGAGCUCAUGACCGCCGGCUACACCUCUGAUUCCUCAUCCCCCAACACCACCGUGCAUGGAAAUUCUGAAACUACCCACUUGGCCCCAAUCAAGGAAGUACUCACACCACCACGCAGCGUGGCCCUCAACCCACGCGAGAAAAUCCCAUGCAAGCUCGUCUCCAAAACCUCUCUCUCUCACGACGUUAGGCUCCUCCGCUUUGCGUUGCCCUCCGAGGACCAGCUCAUGGGUUUGCCUGUCGGGAAGCACGUAUUCCUAUGUGCCACUGUCGACGAGAAGCUAUGCAUGCGAGCCUACACUCCCACAAGCGGCACAGAUGAAGUGGGCUUCUUCGAGCUUGUCGUCAAGGUUUACUUCAAAGGGGUGCACCCUAAGUUCCCCAACGGUGGGAUCAUGUCUCAACACUUGGACUCCCUCCCCAUUGGCUCUGUCUUGGAUGUGAAAGGCCCACUGGGCCACAUAGAGUACACCGGCAGAGGAAAUUUCCUCGUUCAUGGAAAACCUAGGUUUGCCAAGAGGCUAGCCAUGUUGGCUGGUGGCACCGGGAUCACACCCAUCUACCAAGUGGUUCAAGCAGUUCUAAAGGACCCAGAGGACCGCACGGAAAUGCAUGUGGUAUACGCGAACCGGACCGAGGAUGAUAUAUUGCUGAGGGAGGAGCUUGAUGAAUGGGCUAAGAAACAUGACAGGCUCAAGGUGUGGUACGUGGUGCAAGAAAGCAUAAGAGCAGGGUGGGAAUACAGUGUGGGGUUCAUCACGGAGAAUAUCCUGAGAGAGCAUAUUCCUCUUGGUUCUCCUGAUACCCUGGCGUUGACUUGUGGGCCACCACCCAUGAUUCUGUUCGCAGUGCAGCCGAAUUUGGAGAAGUUGGGCUACGACAUCCAGAACAACUUGCUCCUGUUUUAG